AUGAAGAAAGUUCUCUCCAUUCUCAAUAGCUCCAUUCUGACGAGCGCUACGGAGUCAUGGUUGAGCUUUGGCUCAGUCUUCGUGGACAUUUACCCCAAAUGCAUCUUUCUGAGUGCACUAGGGCUGCUGUUUUUGUACCUAAGGUACCUGAUACGGAAACCCAGACAGGUUUCCACACAGACCAGCCAAGGAAUCAAGAAGCAACAGGGCAGAGCUCAGAAGGAAAGAAGAGCAUCGUUUAAGGAAUUCAGAAGCUUCCAUGGAGAAGCACGGGAGCGGAGGAAGCUGCAGUCUGUUGUGCAAAGCCCCUGUGGACGGCUCUACGACCCCUCCUACUUCCGGCAAGCGCUUUGUCAGGAUCCCAGCUGUGAUGUGUGCAACGGAGCGACAGUGAAGGUCAGGAGACUGCUCUCGUGGGCCAGCCUAGAGGACUGCUCUGCCUCUGCAUCCAGCAUGGCUUCCACAGCUUCUGUGACUGAGACCUCAUUCACUUUCUCUUCUUCCCUCUCCCCAAGCCCUUCAGGAUAUCAGAUCUCAUCGUUUUCACUUGCACCUUCUCCCCCUCCCCCCUCCAUUAUCUCAACUAACAAGCUUCUUGUCUCCUUAGAAGAUGUUCUUUUGGGCACACCACAGGGUGAUUCUCUGCCACCAGAACCCACUCUCCCAAGCACUAGCUUACCACUGGAUUACCCCUUACCUCACCCACUUCCCAAGUCUCCUUCCAUGGCACAGCCUGCCUCUCAGCAAACGGAAGGACCUUUAAGACUGGAAAACAUUCUGUCCUUGGCUGGCAGCCAUGGUGACAGGUUUCUCGAUGCAGCACUGAGUCAGGAUGCUUGUGAUGCCUUGUCAGAGUACUACCAGCAGCAGAACGGUGCGCAGAACUCCUCCCCAUCCCAGUUAAAAUGCUUCGCUAACCAAGAGAUACCCAACUGCCACUCUUCUGAAGAUUUUGAUGGGGGACAAGCCUCACCCCAAUUCACAGUGCCUGAAAACCUCCUGAGAAUACUUGAGAGACGAGAGGAAAGCCAGGCUGACGCUCUUACCCUGAAGGACAGGGAAGGAGAACCUUUCUCAAAGGAACUUGCAGUUUGGGAGAAAAAGCCAGAGCCAGCUGCUGAGCUACAGAACUCGGGGGACUCCUUUCCUCUAGGGGGCAGCAGAGCCCUACUCAGCGAGCUGUGUACGCAAGCAAGCUGUGUUGCUCAAGUGCAGACCUCUAGAAGCCAGUUAGAGGCAAUGCCCACGCAGCACUUCUGGGGCCUCCCUUAUCUCCACAGUGAGUCCAUGAGCUGCAUCACUACCCUGUCUCACUGCUCCUCCAUGUGCAUCUGGUUUAACAGAACCACAGACUCCCCGGCCCUGGCUCCCUCCUCACCCCUGCCCUUGCCUGAAAGACAACCACAGACCUUGACUCAGUCUCAGUCCCGAAGCAUCCAGCUUGCCACGCCCCAGACCCAGCUUCAAACAAUCUCAGUGCCAUCACCUUCCUCUCAAUCUCAGGUUAGGGUUUGUGGUGUGUAUUUUCAAAGAUCCCAGGAGACAAAAACUCUGUUGCAAUCAGAAAUCCACCACCUAGAGUACAACAUGAUGACAAAGGAACCAGAGACAGCGUGGGAUUUACCCUCUGUGAUCCAAAAAUCUCAGGAAGAAAUUUGUCUCCUUCCUUCCAAGACCUCCUUGGCCAUACAGUCCUCCAAGAUCCAACCUCCCAGGUCUGUUUCUCCCAGAGACUUCCCCCUGACUGACGGGUUCCAGAAGAAGUUCGAGCAACAUCUUCGAAAGAGGCUCAUCCUGCAGCGCUGGGGCCUGCCUCAGGGGAUCUAUAAGUCUCAGCUGUGGGUGAGUCCUGACCCUCCAGAAUCAUCUAAGAGCAGCUAUGGGCUCUGUAGCUUUAAGCAUGAAGACAACAAAGGCCCGCCCGACACUGUGCCAAUCCAAUCUGGGAGCCCCCAAGAGAGGUACUCAGGGUCUGUCUCUAUAGAGCAAAAAACAGUAAAGGCACAAGAACAGACUCUAGAGAUUAUCCAAAAAUAUAUCUGUAGUAAUUCCAAGACUUCUCUAGACAAUGCCCUGCCAUCUGACCAGGAGAUAAGCACACAAGACCACGCAGGUGGUCUGUCAGACAAACCUUCAGGGACCUCACAGGUGAGCCAGUGUCGGAAAAAGUUUGAAACUGCCCCGAAAGAACAUUUGAAAAGCCAUGUCGAUGGAACCAAGGAGGAUCAGGUCCCUGUCACUGGAUCUAGAUCAGGGAACCGUCCUCUUCACUUUAGCUCCUUUUCACUUUUGCCUUACGUGGGCAAGGAAGAAAAUGAAGCUGAGAGCCCUUCUGAUAACAAGGAUAUGAUUAUCAGGAGCAUACGUAGAAUAGCAGCGUCUGACGUGCAGCAGACAUCUGUUGUCUUAGACACCACCAUCCUGGAGGAGUCAAAGGCCAAAAGACCCAGCCCAGAUGUGCCCAAAAAGAUGGUUGAGGCUGGCCCUGUGCCAUUGGGUAAGAGCCUAAAUUCUAGCAAAAUAAUCCAGGGACCUCAGGGAACAAAGAUGGAUGACAAACAUGUAUUUGUAUCCAACAAGGUCAGUAACAUAAUCAAAGAACAGCUCGGUAGCCUUCAACCACAACCUACCAAGACUUCGAAUGCUAGCCCGUGCAAGAGCGCCAAAGAGGCAGAUGGGAAUCCACCAAAAGUAGAAAGUACUGUGUUGGCUGGAGGGGCCCCAGAAGAAAUAUCAGGUCCCCAGGAAAGUCAGGCAUCUGACUUCAGUUGUCAGGUGUUCAAGGAAGAGAAAUUUGAACCAGAAAGCAGUCAGCCCAUCCAAGAGCCAGAGCCCCCAAAAGAAGUGCUCCUUGUCUCUGAUAAACUCAUAUACAAACCUUUACCCAUUCAUGAUCAGAACCCUUUCAGUGCUCCCAUGAACACUGCCCAGGCGCAGCCACAGGAACCCUGGAUGCCUUCUCACGCCUUAGGCAAGGGCCAGACCAAGGACAGCCCUCUACCUGUCAAGAGGUUGUGGCCCGCAAAGAAGACAGAAGAGCUUGGUUCAGGGGUCACAGGGCCUGAGACAUUACAACCCAGUGGGAAGAGUUACCAGGCACAGGACAGUCCGACCCCGGGGAAUCAUGGGAAAAGGCCCAUCCCAUCGAUGCCAGUGAAGGCUCUGUCUCCUCCUGAACAUCAGUUCAGGAAGCACGUCAAACACUUUUUCCAGUGGCUUUCUCCUGACAGAAAAUGCAAAGGACAGGAAGCACUUCUGAAAAAGGAUGCUUCCCCACCGUCACCAGCGCACGACCCGGAACUAAAGGGGAGAGCUACCUUUCCUGGCAACACUGUAGCUCAGAAAGCCGUGAGAGACUUUGGGAAGGUCCAAAAGGAGCAACCCGGGCACAGGCAUGGUGCAGCAGAUACCAUGCGCCCCCGCGUUCCCUUAUCUCCGCCCACCAAGCCUGUGAAAACUAAGCCGAAGAAAGAGUAUUGGGUCCCCACAGACCCAGUCCAGGGACGCCAGUUCCAUCCCCAAGCACCAUUCUCUAAAGCGCCAAGUCCCAGGUUCCACAAUCAGGCCGCUGUUUUUGUUGGUCAAAAGAGAUGCGUGGCAGAAAAGGCCAGACAGCUCCAGAAAUGUGAGGCUUUACAGCCUCGCCUGCCUGCGUCCCACAGAGAGUCAGAACUGCGCCAAAAUCUCCUAUUGAGUCGGGCUGGGAAAGUUCCUAGGGGGACGCCCCCCUUCGCUGUAGGAACUAUGUUGGCAGACAUGUCUCGGUUAUGUGAACAGAAAAUUCUGUCUCAGAAUUUCAGUGGAAAAGGUUUUGUUCUCCAGAAAUAA